UCCCCCCCACCCCAUUCUCUACUGAACUGCAGAUAAAGAUCUUCAGCUCACCUCCACAACCCUCAUAUCAGCCCUGAUCUCACCGCACCAUCACCUGAGGAGCCAUGAGGAGCCUGCACUGCGCCGCCCUGCUGACCCUGCUGGGGGUCAUCUGCCUGCAGUCAUACGUGACCGGACAGAAUUCAAAAACACCAAAGGAAUGCUGUUUUGAGUUCUUCCUGAAGCCGAUCCCCGUCGCCUCCAUUACCUCUUAUGAGGAAACCAGACCUGACUGUCCAAGAGCUGGAGUCAUUUUUGUGACGAAGAAGCCCGCUCGGAUCUGCGCCCACCCCAGCUUCAGGUGGGCGAAGAGAGCCAUGGACAUCGUCGAUCGCCAGGCUCUGGAGGGUUCAGCCUGAAAUCAGCCCAGAGAUUAAAUUCUGUCUCUAUUAAAAUAAAAUCAGCUUUUAUUUUCUGCAGAUUCUAUUCCUCAUUACUAUAGAAAUAUACAGCUUUUCUGCUUUGGCAAAAUAAUAAUCUAAAUGACUCUUAAUGACCUUUCAACAUAGUCUGAGUUGCACUGAAGCAUAGCAUUCUAAUUACAUAUACUCUGCAGUCAACUUUAUUUUUUAAAUAAA